UUCCGGGGGCGCCCCCUUAGGCGUGUUUGUCCGCCCCUUGACAUCCUUUACUCUUUCUACAAGCCAUCUCAAGGAACUGAGGGAUAGGUGCACCUUCUGCCGUGGGGAAAGUGAUACUUAGUAAGGGCAAAGAACUUAGUGCCAUACGAAAUGUGAUCAUGGAUCAUCAUGUUUCCACCAUCAAACCUCGAAGAAUCCAAAACCAGAAUGUCAUUCAUCGCUUGGAACGUCGGCGAAUCAGUUCAGGCAAGGCAGGUACCCACUGGCACCAGGUCCGAGUGUUUCACCAAAAUGUCUUCCCCAACUUCACAGUUGUCAACGUUGAAAAGCCACCUUGUUUCUUACGUAAAUUCUCACCUGAUGGACGCUACUUUAUUGCUUUCUCUUCUGACCAGACUUCCCUUGAAAUCUACGAGUACCAGGGCUGCCAGGCAGCAGAAGACUUACUGCAGGGAUAUGAGGGGGAGAUCCUGUCCAAUGGCAAUGACCAGCGGUCAGUCAACAUCCGGGGCCGGCUCUUCGAACGCUUUUUUGUCUUGCUGCACAUUACCAAUGUUGCGGCCAAUGGCGAGCACCUGAACCGGGAGUGUAGCCUCUUCACCGAUGACUGCCGGUGUGUCAUUGUGGGCUCUGCGGCCUACCUCCCGGAUGAGCCCCACCCUCCUUUCUAUGAAGUGUAUCGCAACAGUGAGUCAGUGACCCCCAGCCCACGGUCCCCACUAGAGGACUAUUCCCUGCACAUCAUUGACCUUCACACUGGCCGCUUGUGUGAUACGCGCACCUUUAAGUGUGAUAAAGUGGUCCUGUCACACAACCAAGGGCUGUACUUGUAUAAAAACAUCCUGGCCAUCUUGUCUGUGCAGCAGCAGACCAUCCAUGUCUUUCAGGUGACCCCUGAAGGCACCUUCAUUGACGUGCGGACCAUAGGCCGCUUCUGCUAUGAGGAUGACCUGCUCACUGUGUCGGCUGUCUUCCCUGAGGUGCAGCGGGACAGUCAGACAGGCAUGGCCAACCCCUUCAGGGAUCCGUUCAUCAACUCCCUGAAGCAUCGGCUGCUUGUUUAUCUGUGGCGCCGGGCAGAGCAGGAUGGCAGUGCAGUGGCCAAGAGGCGUUUCUUUCAGUACUUUGACCAGCUGCGGCAGCUGCGCAUGUGGAAGAUGCAGCUUCUGGACGAGAACCAUCUGUUUAUCAAGUACACCAGUGAGGACGUGGUGACUCUGAGGGUCACAGACCCGUCUCAGGCAUCUUUCUUUGUGGUGUACAAUAUGGUGACAACUGAGGUGAUCGCUGUGUUUGAAAAUACAUCAGAUGAACUUCUGGAGCUCUUUGAGAACUUCUGCGAUCUAUUCCGCAAUGCUACUCUGCACAGUGAAGUCCAGUUUCCCUGCUCAGCCUCUAGCAAUAAUUUUGCAAGGCAGAUCCAGCGCCGGUUCAAAGACACGAUUAUAAAUGCCAAGUAUGGAGGGCACACAGAGGCGGUACGCCGGCUGCUGGGUCAGCUCCCCAUCAGUGCCCAGUCUUACAGUGGCAGCCCCUACCUGGACUUGUCCCUCUUCAGCUAUGAUGACAAAUGGGUGUCAGUCAUGGAGCGACCCAAGACCUGUGGAGACCACCCUAUCAGGUUCUAUGCCCGGGACUCUGGACUGCUCAAGUUUGAGAUCCAGGCCGGCCUACUGGGCCGCCCCAUCAACCACACAGUGCGACGCCUUGUUGCCUUCACCUUUCAUCCUUUUGAGCCUUUUGCCAUUUCUGUGCAGAGGACUAAUGCGGAGUAUGUUGUCAACUUCCACAUGCGACACUGCUGCACGUAGGUGCCUCACCGCAGCCAGGUUGUCUGGCCUUGUAGCACUUGGCCUGCUUCUUUUCUCAGUGGACUCUGCAGGAGUACCCUGCCCACCCUGUGGGUUGCAGGCUGGCUGACCAGAGAGAGAAGCAAGCAGCUCAGCCUAAUGGGAUGUUUGUUGUAAACAGUACUACUGCCAGUCAAUUGAGGUCCUUUGCCUUUUCCCUGUGGGAAUGCUCAGCAUUAAUUAAAUCCACUUAAUUUUUGUUUAUUUAGCAUUGUAGUGCUGUGAAGAUAAAGCAUUACACCUUUGCCUCCUUUAUCUCACUUCCUUGGCAUUAUGGUUUGCAGCCUGAAGCAGGUAAAUCCUGUUUACACACGGGAGCUAUGUAUGUCCUCUGCUCUUACCCAAUAAGCAGAGCUAUCUUUAUAAGACAAAAUUAAAGCUUUGGUAUUUUCUUACUUGAA